ACCAAAAGCCCAGACUAGGGAAAGUCGCUAGCUCCAACUCUUCUGUGGCCAACAAAAUCGAAAAAGAAAAUUUUUAUAACUCCAAGUAGCGCAUGUUAACAAAUGUCACCCAUCCGGCGCACGUUAGCAAUCCCCCAUGUUUGCUACACCGCCUGUGACCACGAUACCUUCUCUUUCUCUUUCCACCCACCUUAUCCUGCGCAUCCCCCAUUCCCUUUCUCUCUCUUUUUCCCAGCUUCUCUAGGGUUUGGGUUGUCCAUUCUUCUAUCUCUUUUCUGUCUCUUUGCUCCUUGUCAUAUUUUCCAUGCCCUUCGGACAGCUAGGGUUUUAUCUUCCUGGUUUAGCUUCACUGUCUCUUCCCGUCGUCUCAACUCAUGGACCACAGGAGGCAAUCCAAAGACUCGGUCUCCUACUCCAAUCUCUUCAAUCUUGAGUCUUUGAUGAACUUUCAACUUCCACAACCAGAUGAUUUUGAUUACUACGGGAAUAGUAGUCAGGAUGAGAGCAGAGGUAGCCAAGGUGGAGCAAUUGCAAACCAUGGUAAUGGGUUGAUAUCUGAAAGGGAAUUGAGCUCAGUGAAGAGAAAGUGGUCUCAGAACAGUGACUACAAGGACGAAGACAUUUACUACGGGACACACAUUACUGAGGAGAAAUAUAGAACCAUGCUAGGAGAACAUAUUCUCAAGUACAAGAGGAGGUUCAAGGACUCAUCAACGAGUCCUGCUCCAUCUAGGAUGGGAAUCCCAGUUCCAAAAAGUAAUCUAGGUAUGAAAUCUAGGAAGUUGGGGAAUGAGCACCGAGGAGGGCUUUUUGAACCAGAAACUGGUUCUGAGUGGCACAAUGAUGUGAAUCCUCAAAAACCAGGAAGCUAUCGUGAAUCAGAUUUUGCACCACAAAAUGGCAUUGAUAGAGCAACAUAUGACCCUCCUUACUUGGAUAUUGGGGAUGGUAUCACUUACAGGAUUCCUCCAACUUAUGAUAAAUUGGUAGGAUCUUUGAACUUGCCGAGCUUUUCUGACAUUCAGGUGGAGGAAAUUUACUUAAAAGGUACACUGGAUUUGGGGUCCUUAGCAGCAAUGAUGGCUACUGAUAAAAGAUUUGGGCCUAAAACCCGGGCAGGGAUGGGAGAGCCCCACCCCCAGUAUGAAUCACUUCAUGCAAGAUUGAAGGCUUUGUCAACUUCUAAUCCAGCUCAGAAGUUCAGUCUCAAAGUUUCUGAUGUUGGUUUGAACUCUUCCAUCCCAGAGGGGGCAGCUGGGAACAUAAAGAGAUCUAUUUUAUCUGAGGGUGGUGUCUUACAAGUAUACUAUGUGAAGGUUUUGGAGAAAGGAGACACAUAUGAGAUAAUAGAAAGAAGUCUUCCCAAGAAGCAAAAGGUAAAGAAAGACCCUUCUGUGAUUGAGAAAGAGGAAAUGGAGAAGAUUGGUAAAGUCUGGGUAAACAUUGUGAGAAGAGACAUUCCGAAGCAUCACAGAAAUUUCACAACUAUCCACAGGAAGCAACUUAUUGAUGCCAAGAGAUAUGCAGAAAAUUGUCAAAGAGAGGUGAAAAUGAAGGUGAGUAGAUCACUUAAAUUGAUGAGGGGUGCUGCAAUUCGCACGAGGAAAUUAGCCAGAGACAUGCUGCUAUUUUGGAAGAGAGUAGAUAAAGAGAUGGCAGAACUGAGAAAAAAAGAGGAGAAAGAAGCUGCUGAAGCUUUGAGGCGAGAACAGGAGCUUCGAGAAGCAAAGAGGCAGCAACAAAGGCUGAAUUUUCUUAUUCAACAAACUGAACUCUAUAGCCACUUUAUGCAGAACAAGUCAAAUUCACAACCACCUGAAGCUGUGGUUGUAGGGGAAGAGAAAACGAACAACCAAGAAGCCCUCAUGAGCUAUUCAGAUGCUGCUCCUGUUGAGGAAGAUGAUCCUGAGGAAGCUGAAUUUAAAAAGGAGGCUUUAAAAGCUGCUCAAGAUGCAGUUUCCAAGCAGAAAAAGUUAACAAGUGCAUUUGAUGAUGAAUGUUUGAGGCUGCGUCAAGCUGUUGAACCUGAGGAUGCUCCUGAGGAGGUUGCAGGAGCUAAUAACAUGGAUCUACUUCACCCUUCCACCAUGCCAGUAAAAUCAACUGUUCAAACACCUCAGUUGUUUAAAGGCUCACUUAAAGAAUAUCAAUUGAAAGGUCUUCAGUGGCUGGUUAAUUGCUAUGAGCAGGGUUUGAAUGGCAUACUUGCUGAUGAAAUGGGCCUUGGAAAGACGAUACAGGCUAUGGCAUUUUUGGCUCAUUUGGCUGAGGAAAAAAAUAUAUGGGGCCCUUUUCUGGUUGUUGCUCCUGCAUCAGUAUUGAACAAUUGGGCUGAUGAAAUCAGUCGUUUCUGCCCUGACUUGAAAACUCUUCCUUACUGGGGUGGGAUUCAAGAACGUGCUGUACUUAGGAAAAAGAUCAACCCAAAGACUCUUUAUCGUAGGGAUGCUGGGUUUCAUAUUCUCAUUACCAGCUACCAGUUGUUAGUGUUGGAUGAGAAGUACUUUCGGCGUGUGAAAUGGCAAUAUAUGGUGUUAGAUGAGGCUCAGGCAAUUAAAAGUGCAAGCAGUAUAAGAUGGAAGACACUGCUCAGCUUUAACUGUCGAAACAGGCUACUGCUGACUGGUACACCUAUCCAGAACAAUAUGGCAGAGUUGUGGGCCUUACUCCAUUUCAUUAUGCCUACCUUAUUUGAUAGCCAUGAACAAUUCAAUGAGUGGUUUUCUAAAGGGAUUGAGAAUCAUGCAGAACAUGGUGGUACCUUGAAUGAGCAUCAGCUUAACCGAUUGCAUUCGAUAUUGAAGCCUUUCAUGCUGCGUCGCGUUAAAAGUGAUGUUGUUUCAGAGCUGACCAGGAAAACUGAGAUCACUGUACACUGCAAGUUGAGUUCUCAGCAGCAAGCUUUCUAUCAAGCUAUCAAGAACAAGAUAUCUCUUGCUGAGUUGUUUGAUAGCAAUCGCGGGCAUCUAAAUGAUAAGAAAAUUCUGAAUUUAAUGAACAUUGUGAUUCAGCUAAGAAAGGUCUGCAACCAUCCAGAGUUAUUUGAGAGGAGUGAGGGAAGCACGUAUCUUUAUUUCGGUGAAAUUCCAAAUUCUCUUCUGCCUCCACCCUUUGGGGAGUUGGAGGACAUAUAUUACUCAGGAUGUCGUAAUCCUAUAACUUUUAAGAUCCCAAAACUUGUUUAUCGAGAAACUCUUCAAAGUUCUGAAGCACUUUGCUCAACAGUUACACGUGGUCUCUGCAAAGAAUAUUUUCUGAAAUAUUUCAACAUAUAUUCUCCGGAAAAUGUUUAUCAAUCAAUAUUCUCAAAAGAGAUUAGCUUGGAUGGCUGUUCAGAUAAAAGUGGAACUUUUGGUUUUGCUCGUCUAAUGGAUCUAUCCCCUGCUGAGGUUGCAUUUUUGGGAACUGGUUCUUUUAUGGAGAGGCUAAUGUUUUCUCUUAUGAGAUGGGACCGACAGUUUCUGGAUGGUAUCAUAGACUCACUCAUGGACGCCAUGGAUGAUGAUCUUGAAUGCAAUUAUGUUAACAGUGGAAAAGUAAAAGCUGUUACACGAAUGUUGCUGACACCUUCAAGAUCUGUAACACGCUUGCUUCAAAGGGAAUUUGCAACAGGGCCUGGUGAUGCUCCGUUUGAAGCUUUAGUGGUCUCUUAUCGGGACAGGCUUUUAUCUAACAUUAGGCUUCUCCAUUCAACAUACACAUUCAUCCCUCAAACCAGAGCUCCUCCAGUUAAUGCAUACUGCUCAGAUAGAAACUUUGCAUACAAAAUGAUCGAAGAGCAACAUUGCCCUUGGCUGAAGAGGUUGUUUAUUGGGUUUGCUCGGACGUCUGAAUAUAAUGGACCGAGAAAGCCAGAUGGUCCUCAUCCUUUAAUUCAAGAAAUUGAUUCUGAGCUACCUGUAUCACAACCUGCUCUUCAGCUGACUUACAAUGUUUUUGGGUCUUCUCCUCCCAUGCAUAGCUUUGACCCAGCAAAACUGCUCACUGACUCUGGGAAGCUUCAAACACUAGAUAUAUUGUUGAAACGCCUACGAGCAGAAAACCAUCGUGUUCUCUUAUUUGCCCAAAUGACAAAGAUGCUGAAUAUUCUUGAGGAUUACAUGAACUACAGGAAAUAUAGAUAUCUCAGACUUGAUGGAUCGUCCACUAUAAUGGAUCGUCGGGACAUGGUUAGGGAUUUUCAGCAUCGGAGUGAUAUAUUUGUCUUCUUGCUAAGUACAAGAGCUGGUGGACUUGGCAUUAACUUAACAGCUGCUGACACUGUCAUAUUUUAUGAAAGUGAUUGGAAUCCAACCUUGGACUUACAGGCAAUGGAUAGAGCCCACAGAUUGGGCCAAACAAAAGAUGUUACUGUCUAUCGACUAAUUUGUAAAGAGACGGUAGAAGAGAAGAUUCUUCAGAGAGCAAGUCAGAAAAAUACUGUCCAGCAGCUUGUCAUGACUGGUGGUCAUGUUCAGGGAGAUCUCUUGGCUCCUGAAGAUGUUGUAUCUUUACUUCUGGAUGAUGCCCAGUUGGAACAGAAACUAAGGGAAGCACCAUUACAGGUUAAGGAUAAACAAAAGAAAAAACAAACUAAGGGUAUACGUGUAGAUGCAGAAGGUGAUGCAUCUUUGGAAGAUUUAACUAAUGCUGGAUCUCAUAGUGCUGGAUUUGAGGACUCUCCAGACCCAGAGAGAGCAAAAUCCAAUAACAAAAAGAGAAAAGCUGCAGCUGAUAAACAUACAUCAAAACUGAGGAAUUCUCAAAAGAUGGAUGACUCUAACUCUACGUUAAUGGACUUUGAGAUGGAUGAUAACCUUCAAAAUAUGGAUUCACAACCAUUAAAACCUAAGAGGCCUAAAAGGCCUAAAAAGAGUGUAAAUGAAAAUCUUGAACCGGUGUUUACUGCCACACAAAUGGCAGUUUCGGAGCAGCCCCAGUUUCCACCACAAGAGUUGGGUUCUGGUGGUUUCAGGGCUGAAUCAAGCCAAGAUAUCCCAAUGCAUAGCAAUUCAUAUGCUUGAGAAUUCUAUCGUUUAUAUAGUAAAGCGAUUAGAGUUGUAAAUAUAGGACUUUGAUUUGAUGUAAUUUUGGCCCUGGGUGGAAAGUAAAUAAAAUUUGGCUUAAAAUUACAACUGAUACCAAAA